AUGGAAGCCACCGAUGACGCAGAAUCCCCCGCACCGAUUGCCUCCCCAAAGUUAGCAGGAACUAUUAACGGGGAUACAACAACUGUUAUGGGAAUAUUUGCUGGCAUGUUAUACGACGGUAGCAAGGAGACAGCUGCUUCUGUUAGCAAGGACGCAGAAGUGACAUUGAAGCUUGGAAGUACAGAAGACAAACGUGAGCAAUAUCGUUUGAUGAAAGAUGCUAUGGAGAAACGGUUCAUUAGGGUUACACGGGGCUCAAUAGUUGGAGGAGUACACCUUGGAAUGUUCACUGCUGCAUUUUAUGGCUUACAAAAUCUACUUGCAGAGUAGUGAGGUGUGCAUGAUGUUUUUAAUGUUGUUGGUGCUGGUUCAGCUACUGCUUCAGCUUUUGGUUUAAUAUGGAGGCUGGCCAUUCGGAAUGCUGCAACCAUUGAAGAUUCUACAUCGGAAGUAAGGAAGAGUAAUUAUCGGUUUCGUAUUAGAUUGUCGAGGACUAGAGGAGAAGAUGGAACUUCACAGAGCCCUAAAUACUACCGUAUUGAUAAAAACUGGAACAUCGAACGUCUUAGUUCCUGA